AUGUUUUCCGGCUUUCAAUAUAAUUCUUCUUUCACUUUCAGCCAUCCUGGCUGGGAGUCCGACCCAGUGGCAGAUUAUGCCGAACUGGCUCUUGCUCGAGUAACUGCCGAGGCGCCAGACCCUGGUCCAAUCGAGGACUUGACGACUUUUGCCCAGCAACUCCAUACAACUGGUCUACCGAUCUGCGAAGCUGCUGAUCUAGAAGAUCUCAAUGAUGGCGCAGCUAUCGGUUCCGGUACAACUAUGACCGUGUUCAAAUGUCUCUGGAAGUCCAAGAACAAAGCCGUCGCAGUAAAGCGAGUCAACCUUGGAAUUGCCUUGGGCCAGUCUCAGCAUGAGGCCCAUUCCCAAAAGUACUCGGGCCUCCUGAAGUCUCUUCUCAGGGAAAUGAGAGUAAUGAAUCAUCCCUGGUGCAAAGCCCAUCCGAACUUCGUUGAGCUCCUUGGAAUAAGCUGGGAUGCCGUCACUUCUGAUGGGAGUAUCAGCAGUUAUCGACCCGCAAUGAUCGUUGAACUGGCAGAUCCGACGACGCCGCAGUUGAGAGAUUUGGUACAAAGCUCUCGGUAUCCUCUCGGUCUCAAGGACCAGCGAAUGAUGUUUGAUCUACUGACUGACGUUGCCGAGGGAGUUACUAUGUUACAUGCAAUGAAAAUUGUCCACGGCGACUUGAAGCCUGAUAACAUCCUCUUAUUCCGAACGAAAGAUCGUUUGGUAGCGAAAUUAUCAGACUUUGGGUUCUGCAGCCCUUUUACUGACAUCGAGUAUAAGAUCGGAGGAACCCCGUAUUGGAAUGCCCCAGAAUGUAUGCCGGAUGCCCCAGAAGAGCUGCGAGCCUUUCGCAAGACGAUAACAAGGGACCUGUAUUCUUUCGGGCUUGUCAUGGCAUACUCGCUCUUCUCAAUACUGCCAUAUGAUGAAGAGGGCGAACAUGAUGCAGAUACGAUGACGGUCCAAGGUUGGAAGCUGAAUCAAGACGCCAGUAUCUUCUUGCAUGAGCAGAUCAUCGUAUAUGUACUAGACUUCCAUUCCUUUGACCCAUUCCGACUCGGCCAAAUCCCAGAAGCGGUUCAGUCACUCCUUCUAGAAGAUUUCGAACAUAGAUAUUCUUCCGCAGCAGAUGGUAGCCCAGAGGUUGCAGACCUUGCGCUUGUCCUCUCGAAUUGUCACAGUCGGGGGUUUGGCUGCCCUCCAAGUGCUGCAAAGGCACGUGAAUAUGAGACUCUCGCUGCACAGGCAGCGUCUGAUGCUGCGCAGAUCCAGGCUACUUUUCAUGGCCUUGUUGAUGGAUUUGAUUGCUCGGUGACAAGUGAGCAGAAAAGGGUAUGGUUGAAGACUGCGAUUUGCAUAAUCUUCUUCGGGCACAAUCCCGAUAAUGCGAGAAGGAAUGCUUUCCUUGAUGGAUUAGAGCGGGUUUCGGUUGAGCUUCUUGACCAUGCCAUUCUGUACUCAUUCGCCAAGUCGUUCAUGGACGAGAGGAUAAUAUAUAAUCUCGAGUUUGAUGGUGCGGCAGAGGAUGAGCUAUUUUCUAUGGUAGUCAACGACGAGAGAGACAAACUCGUCGCGGCUUUGAAAUCGGACAGAAAGCUUUUAGGUCAAAAGAAGGGCGGCUUCACAAUCUUGCAUGUUGCAGCGGACUAUUGCCGGGAAGAAAUAAUACAAGAUCUUGUCCGCGGUUUCAGCAUGCAUCCGGACACAAAAUCUGACUACGGAGACACGCCCAUAGAGCGUGCAGCCGAGACUGGAAGUAUUGACUGUGUACGACUUCUAAUAUCUCUGGGGGCUGAUAUCAAGCCUCUUGCUGACCAAGAGCUCUUCUCAUCCGUUGUCAUAACUGGAACUCGCAAUACCAUCAAGGACAGUCCUGUAAGUGGGACUGCGUCUCUGCUAUCGCUUCUCUGUAGGGCUGUUGAAGAGGUCUCAGAAGACCCCACUUCAGGUCAAACUCUGAUCAAUGGGAGAUAUAUGUCAGGCAACGAGAAUGAGGGUAUUGCUCCUGGUUCACCUCUCGAGUUGGCGGUAUCUGUGCUGAACUAUGACUCUGUCAUAGCACUGUUGAACCUCGGCGCCGAUCCUAAUAUUUACAAUUACCUACCCCCGCUACAAAUCGCUGUUUCGCUGAGGGAACCUCUUCUUGCCCUGCUGUUACUCACCCACGGAGCUCUUCCGAAUACGGCGAGUCGAACCGAUGGAGAUACAGCAUUGCACUGCGCGAACGAGGUUAAUGGGACGGAGUUCGCUGAAACACCUCGAAAUGAUAUCAUUCCAUGGCAGCAGUUCGUGAAAGAGGGAGUCGAAGCGAUUGAUGUUGAUAGCGAUGAGUCUCUGACUGCCAGGGUCAAAGCAUGUAUCACGAUCCUCUUGCAUUUCGGUGCAGAUCUCGAGGCGCGCAACUCUGACGGGCAGACAGCUCUUGUGCAGGCGGUUCGGAUGGGAGAUUACUCAACUGCUAGGUAUCUUCUUCAGAUGGGAGCGGAUAUUGAGUCAAGAGAUGACGAAGGAAAUAUUGCAUUACUGGGUAUUGAGUCAGAGGAGGUUCAGCAGUGGUGCAGGGAUAAGGGGCUUGGCAUUGGAACUCGAUAA